AUGCUAUAUGUUACUCUUCUUCAUUCUGUAUCCAUGUGUUUCCAGAAAUUCAUUGGUUACAAAGGUAAAGAAGACAAACUUUUAGGAAAUCUUUGCCCAAAGACCCAAAUGAAGUCAGCAGCACAAGAGCAAGUUCUAAGCAUUAGAUCAAUACGACAAUACUUGGAUGAAGACAGUCGUGCUUCAACCGAACAAUUUUUAAAUUUUUUAGGUGGCGAUGGUCUUUUUAUACUGCAACAAAUAUCAACAAACAUUGGCGACUUACCAACAAGCUAUUUAACUCGAUCCAUGAAGGCAGUAGCUGAAGAAUGGAAUAUCAUAACACGAGGUGCAAAUGAAAGUCAUUUAUUACUGGAAAAAGGAACUAAAUCUGUUUAA